AUGACAUCACAAGAUAAAACUACCAUUCCUGGCGAUGAUGAAAAGCUUUCAAAAAUUCGUCAAGUCGAGCAAUUAUUUCCUACAGCUCCCAAUUCGAAAAUGGAUGAUUCAUUAUGUUCGGAAAGUGAUAAAAAGUUUUUCACCUACGCCUCGAUCGGAUUUAAUUGCCGUAGGAAGGUACAAGAGUUACAGAUUGAUAAAUACGAUGCAAGAAGAUUAGAAAAUAGAGAGACAAAAGCUCCUAACGAGGUUUCGAAGGUGUUUGGUGCAUUGUGUGUGAUUAAAGAAGUGUUUGGCACUCCUCCAUGUCUUCACAACUAUGAAAAUAUCUCCUUUCUCACUAAAUAUUUCACUGCUCGAGAACGAAGACAAUUAUUCGAACAGCUCGUUAAAUCAUGUGCGUAUAUCGGAGAAAAUCGAUCAAACCAUCAGUCGGAAUAUCUAUUUUAUGACACAGUCGCUCUUGAGCAAUAUUUGAAAUUGAAAGAUUACGACGAUUUAUUUAUUGAAAAAGAGGGAUCUUUCAAAAAAUUUCCAGUAUUUGCUCAGACAGUGAAACAUGAUUUUAGAGAUGAGACAACUGGAAAAUUAUUACAAGGAGAUAAUUUACAAAAUUUCACAGAAGAGGAUGCUUCUAAAUUGAAAAUUCUUAUUGAAAAGAUGGGAUAUGAAAAACAAUUCAAUUAUGUGAUGAAUGAAUAUGAAAACAUUCCAACACUACCUCCAUCUUAUAUGGUUUAUGCUUAUGGUGUUUCCUUUGCUUAUUGUAAACAACAUUUCAUGAAAUGCAUGAGAGACACUUUUUAUAAGGAUAGUCAAAACAUUUCUGAUGAAGAUCUUGUUGAAAAGUUCUCGAUAGGAAAUGCAACUGAAUGCUUAGCAUCACAACCUUGCUUUUUGAAAGCUUCAAGUUAUCUUGACUAUACAAAAUCGAAACAAAACAAAUAA